AUGUGUGUGUCUAUCCAAAACCUUAUAGUCUUGGAACGAUGUAAGUUGAGAAGGGAAUUACGGUUAAGAAAAGUGUCCAUUGAGCUUCUUUCAGACUCAGAACCUUCCAUCUCUCAAAGCGCUGCAGCCGCUUUCUUCUUCUCCGACACGAAUAAACAGCGCGGUGGCUCUUCUCUUCCUCUGAUCAUUCAUCGCUACCACCAUUCAUCGACUCAAUAUUACCUCUCAUCUCCCUUACCUCGUAUCUCUCCUUCCUCCAACAUCUUCAUCUCGUCAACAGUAGUGGCGCUCAACCUUCGAUUCUCCACCCUCUUCAAGCUCCGCUCACACAUCUUCAUCUCUUUUUUAUUUCAAGUUUCCUUUCUUUCAUCUCAUCUCCGAUUCAACCUUCCGCCGCUCAUCUUUGGAUCAAUCCUUCUCAAUUUCAGAUUUAAACUUGCUUCUCAUCUCCGUAUCAAUCCUUCUCAGUUUCAGAUUCAAACUCGCUUCUCAUCUUCGUAUCAAUUAUAUGAACACAUAUGGAACGACAGGAUGCUAAAAAGAAAGAGAGAAAAUCAAGACUCACCAGUGGAGUUCGUCCGAUGCGUCUUCGGCGGCGGAAACAGCUCACUACUAUCGCAUUGCUUCUUGUUAAUUCUUAUUUACGAUUUGCUUUUGUGUGUUGAUGAUUUCUCUUCGAAUUAUGAACGACUGUUGAAGGUCGACGCAGAAUACUGA